AUGUGCCACUUUCAGGUCUCCUCACACUGCUGGUGGGUUCCAUUUUGUCAUAGGGUGCUGGCAGAUUACGGGCCUCCCAUUGCUGCUGCCAGGCCCGUAAUCUGCCAUGGGCCCCCUGUACCGCCUCCUCAUGCUGCUGCCAGGUCCAGAGUGUGCCAUGGGUCCCUGUACGGCCUCCCAUUGCUGCUGUCUCCAUCGCCACACUCUGCCAUGUGCCACUUUCAGGUCUCCUCACACUGCUGGUGGGUUCCAUUUUUUCAUAGGGUGCUGUAUGGCCUCCCAUUGCUGCUGCCUCCACCCGCCACACUGUGGCUCCACACUCUGGUUUUGGCCCCGUGACUGCCCAAAUGAGUGAAGUGUGCGGUGAUUCUAAGAUCGACGGCACUCAUCUGCAUGUCAUGCUG